CAGUUCAUCAUGGCAAUUCUUCACAACAUUCUCAGCUUCGGGGCGCUUGUUGUCUCCGUAGCGGCUCAAACAGCAAUCACUGUCAACACCGCUACAACCUACCAAACAAUCGAUGGUUUCGGGUUCUCACAGGCGUUUGGUCGUGCGAAGGAAUUCCAGAAUGCGCCAUCCGCGAUGCAGACACAGGCUCUUGAUUAUCUCUUCAGCACAACAACUGGUGCUGGGUUCUCAAUCAUCCGCAAUAGAAUUGGCUCAGGAGGGUCAGGGGACAGUAUCUUGCCUAAUAACCCGGGAUCGCCAUCUGCAAAUCCGCAAUACACUUGGGACAAUGACGAUAGGGGUCAAGUUUGGUUUACGCAGCAAGCAGUCAAAUACGGGGUGAAGACCAUCUUUGCAGAUGCUUGGAGUGCACCAGGAUUCAUGAAGACCAGUGGCUCCGAAUCCACAGCGGGUUAUCUUUGUGGAAGCACCGGUCACAGUUGUUCUUCGGGCAAUUGGCAGCAAGCUUAUGCCAAUUUCCUCGUCCAAUACGUCAAAUACUAUGCUUCCAUUGGAAUCACCGUCACCCAUCUAGGAUUCUUGAACGAGCCCGACUAUAGACCCAGCUAUUCCCAGAUGCAGAUCAGCAGCAACGCUCAGGAAGCUAUCUCGUUCAUCCCGAUUCUAUACAACACUGUCCAGGCCGCUGGCCUGGCAACCAAACUCACCUGUUGCGAUGCUGUGGGCUGGCAAACCACGGCUACGUACGUGCCUAAUCUAGUCAAUGGUGGCUCGACAAAAUAUCUCAGCGUCAUUACUUCCCAUUCAUACAGUGCCGAUCCCUCAAGCCCACUGACUCAAACUACGUUGCCGAAGUGGAACACAGAAGCAGGCACCGGUGAUGCUUCGGCGUUUGUGACUACCUGGUACAGCAACGGCGGGAUUGGCGACGGAAUGACUUGGGCCACCAAGCUAGCAAACGCCAUAAUCAACUCCCAGCUAUCUGCCUAUCUUUACUGGGAGGGGUUUGAGAACAGGCAGACGCAGUCUGGCUCCCAUCUUGUCGAUACGUUUGACGGAACGACCGCAAAGCCUUCCGGCAUCUUUUGGGCUUUUGCGAUGUGGUCGCGCCAUAUCCGUCCUGGUGCCGUACGGAUCGGAACAUCAGGGUCCGUUUCGUCCACUAUUAUUGGCGCCUUCAAGAACGUAGAUGGCUCCAUUGUUGUCAUCUUCACAAACACUGGCACAUCUGCACAAUCUUCGAAGAUUUCCUUCAACGGUUUCUCGCCCAAGUCGGCUGCUGCAUGGGUCACAAAUCAGAGCAAUACUUUUGCGACCACGGGGGCGACAUUGUCUGGAGGAGCUGUUACUUGCUCUAUCCCAGGAAAGAGUGUAGUGACAGUGAAGCUGACGUAA